CCGUCUCCCUCGACGCGGGUUUGGUUGAGCCAGCAGACCGAUCUGAACUGAGGAGGAUUGAGUUCCAGGUUGACAGAAGAAACACUUGCAGUCAAUUGGAAGCUAUCCUCUCUCCGUGAACCGCAAGAUGGGCAAAAAGAGUCGAGUGAAGACCCAGAAAUCGGGGACCACAGCUGCGGUCUCUCCGAAAGAGAUGAUGAAUUUAAUCUCUGAACUACUACAGAAGUGUAGCAGUACAGCUCCAUCUUCUGGGAAGGAAUGGGAGGAAUACAUUCAGAUCCGAGCUCUGGUAGAAAAGAUCCGAAAGAAACAGAAAGGGAUCUCGGUAGUGUUCGAGGGAUCCAGGGAAGACUAUUUCUCUGAGCUGAUGGGGUGGGCCGCUGAGUGUGGAGCUUCGUGUGAGGGUUUUGAGAUAUCCAGUUUUGCCGAUGAAGGAUAUGGUCUGAAGGCCACCAGAGAUAUUAAGGCAGAAGAACUGUUCUUGUGGAUCCCCAGAAAAAUGCUUAUGACUGUGGAAUCCGCAAAGAACUCUGUCCUCGGCCCUCUGUACAGUCAAGACCGGAUCCUCCAGGCCAUGGGCAAUGUGACUCUGGCUUUACACUUGCUGUGUGAACGGGCCAAUCCCAGCUCCUCCUGGCUGCCCUAUAUCAAGACCCUACCAGCUGACUACGACACACCCCUCUAUUUUGAAGAGGAGGAGGUGCGCCACCUGCUGGCCACACAAGCCAUACAGGAUGUGCUCAGUCAAUACAAAAACACAGCACGGCAGUACGCCUACUUCUACAAAGUAAUCCACACUCAUCCGAACGCCAGCAAGCUGCCCUUGAAGGACGCCUUUAGCUUUGACGACUACAGGUGGGCAGUGGCCUCUGUGAUGACCCGACAGAACCAGAUUCCCACAGCAGACGGAAGUCGGGUCACACUGGCACUCAUUCCGCUGUGGGACAUGUGCAACCACACAAACGGCCUGAUCACGACUGGUUACAAUCUAGAGGACGACCGCUGUGAAUGUGUAGCUCUCAAAGAUUACAAAGAGGCUGAACAGAUUUAUAUAUUCUACGGGACAAGAUCCAAUGCAGAGUUUGUGAUCCACAACGGUUUCUUCUUUGAUGAUAACGCACAUGACCGCGUAAAGAUUAAGUUGGGUGUGAGCAAGAGCGAGCGUUUGUAUGCGAUGAAGGCCGAGGUUCUGGCACGUGCAGGAAUACCCGCGUCCAGCAUUUUUGCCCUCCACUGCAGCGAGCCGCCCAUCUCUGCUCAGCUUCUGGCCUUCCUGCGUGUCUUCUGCAUGACUGAAGAGGAACUCAGGGACUACCUGGUGGGCGAUCACGCCAUCAACAAGAUCUUCACCCUGGGCAACGCUGAGUUCCCCGUCAGCUGGGAAAACGAGAUCAAGCUGUGGACUUUCCUGGAAACGCGUGCCACGCUGUUACUCAAGACGUACAAGACAACCUCAGAGGAGGACCGUUCCAUGUUAGAAAAACCCGACCUAUCCCUGCACUCCCGCAUAGCUAUAAAACUUCGCCUGGCCGAGAAAGAGAUUCUGGAGCGUGCCGUGUCCAGCGGUCGCACCAAGCGCCUGCAUUUCCAGAAGCAGCUGGAUGAAGGGGCCCCGCUGCCACUGUACGAAGAAAGCGACAUCGCCCUACUGGAAAACGCUGACGCCAAGCUUCCCAUCAUCUUGCGGAAGCUGGAGGAGGAGGAUGAGCGUCUUGAGGAGGAGAUGAACCUGGUGGAAAUGAAGCCGGACGAGGCCAGCCUGGCCGCGUACAGGAAAACAGUUCUUAACGGCGGGUCUAAAGAUGUCAACGGCACUCAAGAAGAUCCUCCGGGAAGUGAUGCCGUGCCAGAGGGUAAGACAGGAGAUGGGGUUGAGAAGAUACCUGAAAGCCAAGAUGAGCCAAGUACCAAACGAACUGAAGACGAAGCAAAAGAAGGCAGCGAAUAGUCGUUAGCAUGGUGGCAAUCGUAGUUCCUGCUAUUUAUUUAUUUUCGUCUGAGAGACUCGCACAAAUAGGAGCAGAAGCUUUCUAAUCAAAGGCAAGGAUUUCAGUUUAGUUCUUUUUUUUAUUUUUUAUUAAAUGAAGCUUGUGUAUGGAGUAUGCGCUAGCCUAAACUAAGAAGCCUGACGUUUUAUUUUGUUUCGUUUGAGUUUUAUAUCAGUGCCACAUUGGUUUCUUUUGUAGUAGCUUCGCCCGCGCUGCCAGAAAUGACUGGACUCCUGUCUGAAUGAAAGCUUGCGUGCACCUCACAAAAUUAAAGAAAAUCUAUACUAUAUUGAUGGACUUCCAUGGUAAUGCUGCCAAGGAUGUUUCUGUUUCUCUAAAAUGCUGAUGUAGAGAGUCAACUUCUCUCUAACAGCCGUUACUGUAGGACAUUCCUGAAACAUUGUUGUGUUGCUAGACAAUCAUUAUUCUUUUAUUUUCUGACAACAAUCUGCGAGAUUAUCGAUGCCUGUAGUGCUGCUUGCUCAGUGUUACCCGGGUAAAAAGUCUAGGUUCUCAAAACUAAUUUAAUCCGCAAAAACACGUUUAUAUACAUAUUUGUUAUCUACUUCAGAGAACAGUCAACACAUUCUCAAAGUGAUUUUUUUUUUGUUUGGUUAUUUGAACAAUGUUGUAACCCGUAACAGGAGAAUAAGAGGCUGUUGGUGACCGUGUGGUUGCUACACGCUGUGAAUGUAGUUCAGUUUGUGUCUUGAGUAUGUUGCUUAUACACUAAUUUUAAUACUUAAUAUUAUGCUUCUGAGACAACUUGGCAGUAAAUAUGAAGAGUUUAAACAUUGUACCAUCUUUGCAAAUUCAGCUUUAUUUUCUUUAUUUUGUCGACUUUUCAUCGCAACCCCAACAUAAUUUCUCGCAAUUUUAUGCAACUGUUGCAUCUGUCUUUUAAGCCUUAAAGAAGUAAUGUAGUUGUUCAUUAGAUGUGCAACACUGCUCCAGGAUGGAAUUGAGUUUGUUUCUUGCUGUGUAGCUUUUUUCAGUUGAGUCAUCGAAAUUCAUGACAUUUUUUUCCCGACAAGUUUUUUUUUUAAAGUUGUUGAUACCUGUUUUUAUGUUAUAGUAUUAAAACCGUUUAAUACAACGUUCAAAAUAGACUCAAGAAGGAUGUUCGAGAGAUUAUCAUGUUCUUGCUGCUUCUUUAUAUAGAUUUAUAGCUUUGGAAAGCUUACAGCUUUAAUACAUAUUCUGAAAUCUUGUGAUCUACAGUAGCCAUAAAGAAGAUCCACAGUGGGUUGCACUAAAACCGUAUGCCAGAUGACUGUAUGGACUCAUCAGAAUCCAAGUUCUGUGCAUUUUUUCACCUGAAUCGAAUAAGGUGGAGUGCUUUUCGUCAAAUCGUUCACCUGUCAUGAAGAGAAAUCUUUACUCCCAUUAGGAGACAUAAGGGCACUGGUCCAUUGUCCUUUUAUUCUGGGUUUCACAUGGAUGGCAAAAAAAAAUAGGUUUUAUUUAAUGUAUUUUUUCAUUCUAUGCCCCCCAAGCCCCAUUACAAAUUUAUAAAAGAAACAUUAUCUUGAAUCAUUUAAUUCGGGGCAAUUAAAUUUUGAAAUUCCGCAUCCAUUAUUCAUGGGCUCAAAGAUAAAACCCCUUUAAUCCGUGAAUAGAUUAUUAUAAUGGGCGAUAGUGUGGGCAGUGGUAAACUCGGGCAGCUCUGCACAUGUCCGGUAUUGUUAGUAUUCUUCUUGUCAGGGCUGAGAGCAGGAGUGCAUGGAGCUCCCUUUGGCCUGGGACCAUGGCACCAAAGUAAUUCUUCUUAUGAAUUAUACAAUCAGCUUCUAUUAAUAUACAAUGCUGUCAAGCUUUGGGCGGAGGAACCAUUGUCAUGCACGUAUUUACCAAUACAUGUCACUUGUGCCAUACUGGGGCAUGGAGGGUAUGUUUGAAGGUUGGGAGGUCACGUUUACAUGUAUGUUAAGUGGUGAAGGCCCAAGCAGAACUGUGUUAGACGUGUAGAGUUGACGUUUUAAGUUGGAGAAUGCACUCUUGAAAAUAAAUGUUUCAAAAUGUA